AUGACGGAGGGAGGGCUCUCAGGUGGCACGGGGGAGAGGUUAACUCGGGCUACUAUUAUUGUAGCCGGAGUUGCGUCUUUACUGGCAUCUUUAUUGUCCAUUGUGUCCGUAUGGCUCCAAACGAAAAAUUACCGCAAGCCUCUUCUCCAACGAUAUGUUGUACGAAUAUUGUUCAUGGUGCCAAUAUAUUCCAUAUCUUCCUGGUCGAGUAUCGUCUCACUAAAAGCUGCCCUGUUCGUCGAGCCCAUCCGUGAUAUUUAUGAGGCUUUCACCAUAUAUACAUUCCUCCAGCUUCUAAUCAACUUUCUCGGUGGGGAACGAUCUCUGAUCAUUAUGAUGCACGGUCGGGAACCAGUUCAUCAUUUAUGGCCUCUGAAUCACUAUCUUGCUAAGGUCGACAUAUCGGACCCUCAUACCUUCUUGGCAAUUAAACGUGGGAUUCUUCAAUAUGCAUGGCUCAAACCCAUACUUGGGCUUGCAACUAUAAUUAUGAAAGCUACCGACGUCUUCCAAGAGGGGAAUCUCGGUUUGACCUCGGGGUACUUAUGGACUGGUAUUAUCUAUAACGUCAGUGUUACUCUCAGCCUCUACUCUCUCGGGAUGUUCUGGGCCUGUAUGUCGAAAGACCUGCAACCUUUUCGCCCGGUACCGAAGUUCCUAUGUGUCAAACUCAUCAUUUUCGCAUCAUAUUGGCAGGGGUUCUUUCUGUCCAUUCUGGUUUGGCUAGGUGCAAUCCCAGACAAUGUGGAAGGCUAUACGUCGGACACACUAGCAGCAGCUAUACAAGAUGCUUUAAUCUGUGUGGAAAUGCCCAUAUUCGCAGUUGCUCACUGGUAUGCAUUCUCUUGGCACGACUAUGCAGAUGUCACAAUUUCUGCAGCUAGAAUGCCUGUUUGGUACGCCCUUCGUGAUGCGUUUGGGGUGCGAGAUCUUAUCGAGGACACCAAGGAGACUUUCAGCGGGAAUAAAUAUGAAUACCGACUUUUCGACUCGGGUGAUAAUGUAAUCGCCCAUGAAGAGUCUGCUUCGCGCGUGGCAAGAAUGAUGCAAGGCAUGCGGUACGAGCGUGGAGGAAAGGGGAAAUACUGGAUUCCCAACCCUGGAGCAGUAAACUCGCGGACACCGUUACUGAGCAAUACUGGCGGGCGAAGUGAGCCUCGCAAUGUGAUUACCGCCGCCCAGGGCGAUGGUCAAGCCCAGGGCUAUGGGAGCGCAGAUGAUGAUGACAGCCUAGAUCCCGAUGAAGAACGUCUGUACGAGAAGGCAAGAAAACUAGAGUAUGGGGACUGGAACUAUCCGGUGAUCACCGCACAUCAAGCAUCCCGAGAACGAUGGCUUAAUGCAUCGCCCGAUUUAUUAACCACGUCGACCAAUCGGAACCUAUUACAGCCAACCCGCGAUAAUCGAAUUCGACGAGAGCAAAAUAUUCGAGAGACAGUCGACGAAGUUGCGAAGAAGACGCAGCGCAAGCACAGUUCUUCCGCUACAGAGAGGAAAAGAAUGAACGAUGUGAAAGGCAAGGCAAAGUAUAUUUCAACUGGAGAGGAAGGACGAGCGCCGACACUACUUGGCAAAAACUUACAACAUCAGUCAUCUUCAUCUAGCUCCGCCAAAUCCGAUCGGAGCCAAUUGGUGGAUUUGAUUGUUGAAGAUGUUCCUGCAGAAGAAGCAGAGAGAGUUCGCGCACGGAAGGAGGGCAGUGCAGGGUGGAAUGCUACCAAGCCCAAGCAUUUUGUACGCACCUAUGGAAAGGACAAGGGCGAAGACAUUCGCGAGGGCUAUGAACCUGCUGAAGGUAGUGCUGAUGUUGAUCCUAAAGACAAUAACGAUAACGAUCCCUUUACGGUCGGUGAUGGAGCGGAGAGUCCUGAUGAUUCGGAAGAAUCCCGGCAUUGGAGGCAGACUAAGGAGCCUGACGCUCUUCUCAAGCCCAAGUACGGCCUUGAAGGAGAAGCGUUCGAGAAUGUCUGGGGUACUGGGGAACCCUCAGAGCCACCGUUUGAGAAUCCGUAA